AUGAGCAGCUCCCGCACGAGCUCCAGUCGUGGUCCAAGUCGUGGGAACAAGAGCGAGAAGCCUCGCAAAAUUACAGCCAAGGCGGAUGAGCUGGACGCCUACAUGGAGAAACUUUACGAUGACGAUGUCGAGUCCAAGCUGCAGGGCGCCAAGAUGAUCCUUGAACUGGCAGAGUAUGCAGGCAACAUUGAAGUCCUCGUGCAGAAUGAAUCACUCAUGAGCCUGUUGUCGCGUGUUCUGAAUGACGACUACAAGAAAAGCUACGACUUUUCGCUCAUCAUGAUGCGUAUCUUCUGGUGCUUCUCCAACUUCCUACAGUUACAUGCGCUACUGGCUAACUACCGCAUUGGGGCUAUCACACUGAAGAUCGUCGAGUUUGAGCUUAAGCGUCACCAGCUACGUCUCGAAGAGGGAAAAAUGCUUGAAGCCACCGCACAUGAGGCCCCAACAGACGAUACCGACUUUGCGCUAGCAAAGCUUGACCGUGAGAAGAAGCGCAACAAAAAGCGCAUGAAAAAGCAAGACCAACUGUUCUGUGUGUGCUUCAGCGUGCUGCUGAACCUGGCAGAAGACAUUCAUACCGAGCGCAAGAUGGUCAAGCGCAAGAUUGUGAUUUUCCUGACUAAGUUGUUGGAUCGUGUAGCACCCGAUCUGGUAAUUCUGACUAUCACAUUCCUCAAGAAGUUGAGCAUUUUUGAGGAAAACAAGGACGCAAUGAUGGAGCUUUCAGUGGUGGAAAAGCUAGUGCGAUACCUCAAUUGUAACCACGACAAACCCAUCCAGACAUCACUCAAACUGCUGUUUAACUUGUCCUUCGAUCCAACGCUUCGCGAAGUGCUGGUGAGAAAUAGUCUUAUCCCGAAGCUGGUGGAGCUACUGAAGAAACCUCCUUUUCGAGCGCUUUCCCUACGAAUCCUUUACCACCUCAGCAUCGACGAUCGAUGCAAGUCAAUGUUCACAUACACAGAGGCAGUCCCAAUCGUCAUGCAACUGGUAAUUAAUUUCCCACAGAAUAUCGUGGCGAAGGAGCUGGCUGCGCUGUCUGUGAACCUCAGCCACAACGCGCGCAAUGCCGAACUCAUGUGCCAGAACCGUGGUCUAGAAGCUCUUGCUUCACGUGUAUUUCGCACUCGCGACCCGCUGCUGAUGAAGGUGAUUCGAAAUAUUGCACUGUGGUCGUACACGCUGCAGGAAGAUUUGGUCAGCGACAAGGCGUACAAGUAUCGAGGCAUGUGGGCCCCCUUCGUGGUCCCAUUUAUCGAGCUAUGUCUUACUACUGACAACCACGACUUUUCUGUUGAAGUUGUAGCGACGCUAGCAAACAUGACGCCAAGUGAUCUACCGUCGAAGGGUUCAUGGGACAGAUUGGUGACAGACCAUUCUGUUAUCCCGCUACUCAACAAACUCCUUGUACCGGGCUUUUCACAAGAUGACAUGAUUUUGGAAGUCGUACUGUUUGUUAGCACGCUCGCAUUGGAACCAAAGUGUGCUCCUCUGCUGUCAUCAUCUCGACUUGUGCGCACGCUGCACUCACUAUUCCAAGAGAAACAGCACGACAACGAGCUCACCUUACAGAUCCUUUAUGCAUUUUAUCGCAUGCUGAGGCACCCCGAUACGUUUGAAGAUAUUCUCUUUGGUGUCGGCUUUGUGCCGGACUUGCUUCUCGCUGCUGAUGCGCCGAAUAUUGAAGUGCGCCGGAUGUGCGACGUUCUCAUGGACUUGAUUCUCGAUCAUGACCUCAACGACGGAGGGACCAUCGGGGACCUUGGGCAUCUCAUUCGGCAGCGCCGGUUCGAAAUUCAUAAUGCCGAAUACCUCGAGAUGAUUCACGCUGAAACACACAGCGCAGUAUUCCGCAGACACCACGGGAUGGAUGACAACAGCGGCAAGGAAGACAAGGACGGCGACGAUCACUAA